AUGGUCCGCCACAAGAAAGACAUGUCCAACAAGGGCAAGCGAUAUCCAAACAGUCGUUCUGCUCGCCCUCUACCCCCAGCUCGUGGCGAGGAAGGCCAGGUAGAUCCUGCCGAUUCCAAGCGUCCUCCGUACAAGGCUGCCGCCUGGGAUCUCGGCCACUGUGACGCCAAACGAUGCAGCGGCAAACGCCUGAUGCGUCUGGGUCUCAUGCGCGAACUGCAUGUCGGCCAGAAGUUCGCUGGUAUUGUCGUCUCGCCCAAUGCAAAGACCAUCGUCUCUCCCGCCGACGCCCCUCUCCUCGAGCAGUACGGUGCUGCUGUUGUCGAGGCCAGCUGGAAGCGUAUUCAAGAGGUUCCCUUCGGCAAGAUCGGUGGUCCUCACCAGCGUCUCCUGCCAUACCUGAUCGCUGCCAACCCUACAAAUUACGGAAAGCCAUGGAGAAUGAACUGCGUUGAGGCCCUCGCCGCCUGUUUCUACAUCUGCGGCAAGAAAGAGUGGGCCGAGCACAUUCUCAGCACCUUCAGUUACGGUCAGGCUUUCCUUGACAUCAACGAAGCUGUUCUCAAGAGAUACGCUGCCUGCGAGGAUGAGGCCGGUAUCAAGAAGGCCGAAGAGGCAUGGCUGGAAAAGAUUGAGAAUGAAUACACUCAAGAUCGUGCCGAGAGAGAGGCCAACGAGGACGAUGCUUGGAGAGGCGGUAACCUGAACCGCACUCGUAUGCUUGACGAGUCUGACGAGGAGGGAAGUGACGAGGAAAGCGAUGGUGAGGAGAGGGAAGACAAGGACGAGGACGAUGAGGAUGAAGAAGAGGAGGAGGACGACCACGAUCCCUACGGCCUACCGCCUUCAGACGAUGAUGAGGAAGAGAUGGCCGAGCUUCGUCGUCGUGUGCUUGCGUCCAAGCCUUUCCAAAAUCCCGCCCCUCCUGUUUCCGACGACAAGCCGCAACCAGGUCGCAUCGCACAAACAGAACCCAAGCCUCUUCAUGAUUCGGACGAUGAGUCAGGCUCAGAUGUAGGCGAUGCAGAAGAUGACGACUUUGACAAUAUCAUGAACGCAACUCCCAUACUGGACCGCUCAGGAAUUGGUGCAAAGCAAAAGCAGAAGGCUCAGGAU